AUGGUUAACGUCGGAAAUUAUCGUAUAAUUGUACCAGCAGCAGUGGCAAAACCAUCUCCUGCGAUUGGCCAGGCUUUGGGUCCACUAGGUAUUAAUAUGGCCCAGUUUUGCAAAGAUUUUAACACAAGGACUAGUAAUGUUCGCGCUAAUGUACCAAUUCAAGUUACUAUAGUCCAGUAUCCAGACAAAAGCUAUAAAUUUUGGAUGCGAACACCCAUUACCAGCUGGUUUCUCAGGCGAGUAGCAAGAAUUCCUAUGGGUACAGGGCGCUGUAAACACGAAAUUGUGGGAAAUGUCACUCUCAAAGAAAUAUAUCAUAUCGCUAAAUGUAAAUCAAUGGACCCCCCCCUAAUUGGAAUGUCCCUACGAUCAAUCUGUAGGCAUGUCAUUGGCACUGCCAAAUCAAUGGGUAUUAAAGUGACAAGGACACUUGACCCCGACUUUAGGAAGCGAGACUACACCCCGGUAGAGCAGUUGGAUCAGAUGAGGAAGGACAUAAGGGCAGAAAAGAAAGCCACAAAUAGACGUGGUAAAUCUUGA